AUGGAUGCUUCGAAGACUCUAGUAGUUGAUAAUGGAACGGGGUUUGUAAAAGUUGGGUACGCUGGUUCUAAUUUUCCCCAAUAUGUAUUUCCCUCAGUCGUUGGACGACCAAUACUUCGAGCAGAAGAAAAAGUUGGAAAUGUAGAGGUCAAAGAUAUCAUGGUUGGUGACGAAGCAGCCGAACUUCGUUCAAUCUUACAAAUGACAUAUCCGAUGGAAAAUGGUAUAAUAAAAAUAUGGGAAGAUAUGAAACACUUAUGGGAUUAUACUUUCAAUGAAAAAUUGAAAGUAGAUCCUAAGGAUUGUAAAAUUCUGUUAACCGAACCACCAAUGAAUCCAAUUUCAAACAGACAAAAGAUGGUACAAAUGAUGUUUGAAGAUUAUGGAUUUCAAGGAGUUUAUGUAUCUAUUCAAGCUGUAUUAACUUUAUAUGCUCAAGGUCUUCUCACUGGAGUAGUAGUAGAUUCAGGAGAUGGAGUUACUCAUAUUGUUCCCAUUUAUGAUGGAUAUUCUCUUCCACAUCAAACACGUCGACUUGAUGUAGCUGGUAGAGAUGUAACAAGAUAUCUUAUAAAAUUACUUUUAUUAAGAGGUUAUGCAUUUAAUAGAAGUGCAGACUUUGAAACUGUAAGACAAAUCAAAGAAAAACUUUGUUAUGUAAGUUAUGAUAUUCCAUUAGAUCAAAAAUUAGCGAAUGAAACAACAAUACUUGUAGAAAAUUAUACGUUACCUGAUGGACGUGUAAUUAAAGUUGGUUCUGAAAGGUUUGAGGCACCUGAAUGUAUGUUCCAGCCUCACUUGAUUGAUAAUGAACAACCAGGUGUUGCAGAAAUGCUUUUCGAAUCCAUUCAAGAUGUACCUUAUGACGUUCGUCCUGAAUUAUAUAGACAUAUUAUCUUAUCAGGAGGUUCGUCUAUGUACCCAGGUUUACCAAGUCGUCUUGAAAAAGAAAUUAAACAACUUUAUUUGCUAAGAGUGGCAGAAGGAGAUACCUCUAUAUUAAAAAAAUUUAAGAUUCGAAUUGAGGAUCCUCCAAGACGUAAACAUAUGGUUUUCCUCGGUGGAGCAGUUUUAGCUAAUAUAAUGCAAGAUAAACAAAAUUGGUGGAUUUCUAAGCAAGAAUGGGAAGAGAAGGGUGAACAAUGUUUGGAUAAAUUAGGUGGUAAGGCGUCAACUUAA